GAGAUUAUCUAUUUCUUCCAUAACAGUCCCAAGCGAGAGUGUUGAUGCUAAAUUUACUUCUUUUGUGUGAAACAUGAUGGACUGAGAAUCACGAAUUUAUUCGCGCUUUAAGUCACUCAUUUGAGAAGAUCUUUGACUGGUGUAUUUUAAAAUAACGGCUAGAGAGAUCUCUGUCGGGAUGGCGUUUAACCGCUUUUCAAACGAGCAAUUAACUACAAAGAAACGAAGGGAACCUUUCAUUUUCCAUGAUCUGAGAAAAUUUAGAAGCCUCAGUUCACACUUGAUCAAUUUACCAUGGAUGAAUCACUUGAAAAGUAGGUCCGCAGUUUCAGGCAUCAUGGAUGAUUCGAAUGAUGCCACUAGUCCAAAGCCUAGUCCACAAAUGCCGCACCGCCCGGAAGCUAAAAGUUUUGUAGAAAAUAUUCACGGGAGGAUCUCCACUUUGCUGCUCUCAGAACUGACCAAGUCGAUGCUCUCCCGGCACAACUCUUUGGAUAUGAAUGAUUUCGCCCCCAUGAGGACGUUGAGAAACAUUCUUCUGGUGACAUGUUUUUUAUCGUUUCUAGUCGCUCCUUUGACUUACAUGCCCUUAGGGAUCAUUCAGGCCGCUUACAAUGAGCAGUGCUUUUUGUACACGAGAAUAAAUUUCACAUUUAAAGAAGAAACCUCCAACAGUACGUCUGCAGUGUGUAAAACUAUAACAUUUGAAGCAGUAAGCACCGAAUGGGGACCACAGUUCUACUGCGACUGCACAACCUACGUACCCGUAUCGAUAGCCAUAGUCUCUGUGAUUAUUGGUUGGUCAACUCUUACUGUGUGGCCUCUGAUGUUAUCAGUUGGCAAUGGCAGUCUCCUAAUGCUGUCGUAUCUGUCUGUGGCAGUGGUCUGUCUGGCAGUAAGUACUGCGAGUGCUCUGGUGCAGCUCGAUGGUUACCGUGAGACGUGCACACAGCUGUCACUGGACGCCAAUGCAGAGGGGCGGAACUUGACUUGUAGCGAGCUCGCUAACUUCACAUUCACAGAGUUAGUUCAGGCACGCACUCUUGUGGCGAAAGACGUGAAUUUCGCUAUGGAACUGGCUCAGAUUGGAGUGUGGUGUUUGGUUGCUCUAUCGAGCUGUAAAGUUCUGAUCAGCACCUACAGCCUGUAUUUGACCUGGUUCCACGCUCACUUCGUCUCUUUCUUUAUGGCAUUUGAAGAGAACAGCGUGUACACAUCUGAUGAGUCCUCGUCUCAGUAGCUACGUGAUUGGUGCGCAUGAGGGUUAAAUUUAGAUCUGUAGAGGCUUAUAUUGUUUUGUAUGUAGACUUAAUCAUCGAUAAAGGUUUAUAACGUUUUUCAUGCAUGUAAGUUUUUUUUUUUAAACCCAGGAGAAAUAGCCUGCAAAUCUUGCAGAGAAAAUGGAACAGUUCCUGUAGAACGACUAUAAGAUAUAGAUCGAUAAAUCUACUGAGAACUAAAGCAGGAUUGUUGAAUGUCUAUUUCCUCUUAUUGAGAUCUAGAUCUACACUUCAAGAUGAUAUGAUAGCCCCAAGAUAGUAUUGGAAAUCGCAGAGUUGUCUGAAAUACACUAUAAAAGUUAUUGUUAUUUGUAUUGUAACUUUCUUAGUACACUACCGUUCUACUCGUCAUUUAGAAACAUUACAUUUUUAAUUAAAAAGAAAUU